CUCCAACCUACCAUGUCCAGGCAAUUCGCCUAUGCAACCCUGCUCACGAAGAGCAAAUACCUUCCUGGUGUUUUGGUACUGAACCAUGGUUUACGGGAGGUCAAGUCAAAAUACCCAUUGGUGGUUGUAGCUCCAGCCACCUUGCCGGAGGAAGCUCGAAACGCUUUGAAGGCUCUCAAUAUCCCUGUGAGGGAAAUUGAUUAUUUGAAUCCCAAGGAAGCAUCGACCGAGGAACUUGAUGAACGAUUCGCGGAUACAUGGACGAAACUUCGAGUCUUCGAGCUCUUCGAGUACAAGCGGGUGGUUUUACUCGACUGCGACAUGGUGGUGAAGAAGAAUAUGGACGACCUUUUUGACGCGCUCGAGCUAUUGCCUGGGCAUAUUGCAGCUGCGCACGUGUGCGCUUGCAACCCUCGCAAGAUUCCCAGUUAUCCCAAAGAUUGGAUCCCAGAAAAUUGUGCCCACACAGCUGUCAAGUCACCAACAUCCCCUCCUCCAGAUGUUACUCCAUCGAGCCCGAGGCCAUACCACCUGUUGAAUUCAGGUUUAGUGGUCUUGCAACCUUCCAAAGACACCUUCCAGAUUAUUCUAGACCACCUCUUCUACGCCCCAGCAGUCCCAACAUAUAGGUUCCCCGAUCAGGACCUGCUCGCCGCGGUUUUCAAAGGGAAAUGGAAAACGCUGCCCUGGUACUAUAACGCUCUUCGUCCACUGCGAAACAUCCACCCAGCUAUGUGGAGCGACGACGAAGUUCGCUGCGUACACUAUAUUCUCGCCGACAAGCCAUGGCAAUCCCGUCUGAUGAUUCACGACAAAGCGUUUGCGAGGGUUAACCAAUGGUGGUGGGAUUCCUACGAUGCAGCACAUAAGAUUUUGAAGGAAAGCGAUCCAGCUAUAGCCGACUUCAUUGAAACAUACGUCGAUUAUGACAAGGAAUGGCGCCCUUGA